AUGGCAGGGCGUAGGUCAGCAAAUUCAAGCAAAAGUGGCAGCAGACACGACGGCCAGCCAGCCAGCCAGCCCGCAACAUCAGCCAAAUCGAGCCAACGCCGCGCGCCCGCGGCAGAGGAAACGGAAAACGGAAAACGCUCGAAUCCGGCGCCUCCUGCCCCAGAGGGAAAGACGACCACGGCAUUGCCGACGACCAUGCUGCGCGCCACGUCGGACCAUCACAGCAGCACGUCGACGACACCUCCAUCGCCGGCCUGGCUUAUUACCUCUCCUCACCCUUCCAUUGACACCCCAUCCCCAAGCCCAUCAAUGCCAGCAACACGUAGUAGUCAAUCCCCCAUGCCGCUCUCCCAUCCACGCCUCACUCCUCCCCAAUGCCCCAUCUACGUACGCAUCCCUCGCCCUGCAAUCCAUCAAUCAAUCCAUCAACCAACCAAUACAACCAAUACAACCAAGCACCCAAGCCAUCCGGCCCCACCCACCACCACUCCAGCCUCCCCCAAAAAGCCCCAAGCCAAGCCCUCGAAAAACAAGGCACGCGUUGCGCGGAGAGAGGGAAGCCGCAAGCCCUACCUAGCUACCGCCGCAGGCUCGCAGCGACCCACCGCGAACCCCACACGCGACGCACGCACGCACGUGUACGGAGACCCUUCCGACGCCGAACGUGCAUUUUCUGCUGCCGCCGCCAUUGCUGCACCCCAGCCCCUAGACCCCAGCAACGUCAACGUCAACGUUGCAUGA